AAAUCUUAAAUAAAUACUUAAAAUUUUUAAAACUACAUAUCCUACAAACAACAAAACCAACAUAACUAACAAAAUGAUGGCUGUAGCUGCUGCUCAAAAGAAUCGCGAAAUGUUCGCCAUUAAAAAAUCAUACAGUAUUGAGAACGGUUAUCCUUCUCGUCGUCGCUCUUUGGUGGACGAUGCCCGUUUUGAAAGUUUGGUUGUCAAACAAACAAAACAAAUUGUCUUGGAGGAGGCUCGCACUAAAGCCAAUGAUGGCACCUUGGAAGAGGCCAUUUUGCAAGCCAAAGGUGAACAUGUUCCAACUCAAGAACAAAUUGAAUUACAAGAUGAACAACAAUUAGAAAAUAUCGAUGUUGUUGAUGAAAUCGAACAGCCCGUUUUCAAUGAAGAUGAUAAUCAAGAUGAUUUACCAGCUGAAUUUGAACAAACUCAGGAAAAUGAUUCGCAAGAAUCAACAGAUAAAAAUAAUACAGAGGAUGCUGGUUUAACUGAAGAUGAAAUUGUCUUGGCCAAUGCCGUUUCAGAGUCAGCUGAAGCUGAAAAUGUUAUGCAAAACGCCGCCUUGAUUGUGCGUCUUAAGGAGGGCAUUACCUCUUUGGGUCGCAUCUUAAAGGCCAUUGAAAACUAUCAUGGCUCCAUUCAGCAUGUGGAAUCACGUCAAUCGCGCUCCGAUUCAGCUGACCAUGAUGUUUUGAUCAAAUUGAACAUGACUCGCGGCAAUUUAUUGCAAUUGAUCCGUUCGUUGCGCCAAUCGGGCUCAUUCAGCAGCAUUAACUUGUUGGCUGACAACAACAUCAGCGUUAAGGCUCCUUGGUUCCCCAAGCAUGCCUCCGAAUUGGACAACUGCAAUCAUUUGAUGACCAAAUAUGAACCUGAUUUGGAUAUGAACCACCCUGGCUUUGCUGAUAAAGUCUACAGACAGCGUCGUAAGGAAAUUGCUGAAAUUGCUUUCGGCUACAAAUACGGCGAUCCCAUUCCCUACAUCAGCUACACCGAUGUUGAGAACAAGACCUGGCGUUCAGUGUUCCGCACUGUUAAGGAGUUGUCUCCCAAACAUGCCUGUGUUGAGUAUCGUGCUGCUUUCAAGAAAUUGGAAGAUGAGAAUAUUUUCGUUGAAGACCAUUUGCCUCAGUUGCAAGAAAUGUCUGAUUUCUUGCGCAAGAAUACCGGUUUCUCUUUGAGACCAGCUGCCGGUUUGUUGACCGCUCGCGAUUUCUUGGCUUCAUUGGCCUUCCGUAUUUUCCAAAGUACUCAGUAUGUGCGUCAUGUCAACUCACCCUACCAUACACCCGAACCCGAUUGCAUCCAUGAAUUGUUGGGUCAUAUGCCCUUGUUGGCUGAUCCUAGUUUUGCACAAUUCUCACAGGAAAUUGGUUUGGCUUCAUUGGGUGCUUCGGAUGAAGAAAUUGAAAAAUUGUCCACUGUCUACUGGUUUACUGUUGAAUUCGGUCUCUGCAAAGAACAAGGCCAAAUCAAGGCUUAUGGUGCUGGUCUCUUGUCCUCCUACGGUGAAUUGUUGCAUGCCAUUUCCGACAAAUGUGAACAUCGUGCUUUCGAACCCGCUUCCACCGCUGUACAACCCUACCAGGAUCAAGAAUACCAACCCAUCUACUAUGUGGCCGAAAGUUUCGAAGAUGCCAAAGACAAGUUCCGUCGCUGGGUAUCCACCAUGUCCAGACCCUUCGAAGUGCGCUUCAAUCCCCAUACCGAACGUGUAGAAAUCUUAGACUCUGUCGAUAAAUUGGAAACUUUAUUGCAGCAAAUGAACACUGAAAUCUUACAUUUGACCAAUGCCAUCAACAAGAUGCGUCGUCCUUUUUAAGCUCUCUACCCUAAAAAGUAUAAGAGCGUAAAAGAGAGAGAGAGAGAGUAUGAGAGUUUAACCUUAAAACGUAGCUUCAUUUUUCUAAAUGCACUUUGUUAAAUAAGUAUUUUUUUUUGUAUAAACAUAUUUAAUUUUAAUUUGUUAAAAAUGUUUACAUUUUCAACUCUUAUUGUUGAUUUUGUAUUCAUUUAGUGUUCCAUUUCCAAUGAAAGCAAAAAAGUAUUAAAAUUAGCAAUCUUUUAGCAAAUUAACUUAAAUUCCAAAACCAAACAACAACAGUUACGUUUAAUAUAAUAUUUUUUGAUAAUUUCAAAACUCUUAAUGACCCCUUGAAAGUAUUCUUUUAAAUGUACAAUAUUUUAUUAUUUUAUUUUUAAUGCUUUAAAUAUUCCACACUCAUAGCAAAUCAAUCAUUUUUUUUUUUUUAGUUUUUAAAUUCUGAUUUUAUGAUUUUAACUCUCAAAAUUAUUUUGUAGCAUUUUUUGUCAUUUAAUUUUAUUUAUUUUUUAUUUCUUGUUUUAUUGUUUAAUUAAUUAAUUACUAUUAUUGGACCAAAAAAUCCUUAGUAUUUAAGUUCUGUUCUUUUAUUUGUCUUUCUUUUUAUUUUUUUGAAUUUCUUUAAAAAUUUUGUUAAUUAUUGUAUUAUUGUUUUAGAUUUAUACAUUUUGUUUAUUUUUAUUUUUUAAAUUUUAUUUUGGUAACUUUUUCCUUUUUUUUUGUCUUUAAAUUUUUCUUACCCUUAAGAAAUAUUUGAAAAGAACAAGAAUUUAUAAUGACAUUUUUUUAUAUACACCAUAUUUUAUUUUUAUUAAUUAAUUUUAUAUAAAAUGUAACUAUUAUUUUGUAUUAAAUAGGUAUGUAGUUUUAUGUGUAGUAUUAUUUAAGAUUUUCAAUAAUAAAUAAAUAUAUUAUAUUGAAUUGCAAAAAUAAAAAAUUAAAAAAAAAUAUAAA